AUGAGUUCCGUUCUGGUAGGGUUUACGUUUCUUCUACUCCCGCUUCUGGGAUCGGCUCAAUUUCUUGAUAUGGCCUGCGGGAUUCGAGCUCCUAAUCCCUUAACUUGGCGGGCCCAGUAUGCAAAGAUCGCCGGCCUAACUUCGAGUCCCUGGAUGGCUUUUAUCCACUCUACUGACAACAGAUUCAUAUGUGGCGGAACUCUGAUCACAAACCGACAUGUGCUGACCGCCGCGCAUUGCUUCCUCGAUGAUACAGAGCUCGUUGCUCGGCUAGGAGAGUAUGAUAGGGAGGCGAAUGAUAUGUGCCACGGUAGUUACUGCACCUAUCGAAUAGAAGCGUAUGUGGAGACUGCCUUCAAGCACCGACUGUACAAUAAUGUGUCGAUGAUCCACGAUAUAGCCAUUCUCCGUCUGCAGAAGAGAGUGCAGUACACAGACAGCUUGAGGCCCAUCUGCAUUGUAACAGAUACCAAGUGGAGGAGGCACAUCGACGCCUUGAACCCACUGACUGGCACUGGAUGGGGCAAGACGGAGAAGGAGAAUGACAGUGGCAAACUCAGGACCGUCGACUUGGUUCGUCAAAGACCGGAGGUGUGCGAGCUGUAUGCCCAACUAACCCUGACGAGCAAGCAGUUUUGCGCUGGGAACGAGUAUAGAAAUCUGUGCAACGGCGAUUCCGGCGGUCCGGUGGGCGCUUUGAUUUUAUUCGGAAAAACGAAACGCUUCAUCCAAGUUGGAAUCGCUAGCUUCACGAACAGACAAUGCCUGAUGGCCAGCUCUUUCACGGAUGUGCUGAGCUAUGUCGACUGGAUCCGCGCUGUGGUCAACUACCACCAGUAA